CUAAUUCACUUGGCCUAACCUUUUUAGUUCUCUGCUGACCAGACUACCAGUAUCUUAAGGAAACUAAUCAAGUUCAAAAAAUCUGCAUCCAAUUAAUGAUAGCUUCUUCCUUCUAUGGAAGUGAUAAGAAGAUGAGAGUUGCAGUAGCACAGCGUUAGCAAAGAUUUGUGAACCGAUUUAGCAACAAGUAAAAGUGUAGGAUCACGAAGAAAGCUAUGAACUUUAUAAGAUUUCCAUGGCCAGGAUGCAGCGCUUUCUUUUCCAGUUCCUAAACAUACUAGCAGCCAUAUCCAUUGUUCAUUGUCAGACAAGCGAUUCCUUGACUCCAAAUAGCUCGCUCAGAAAUGAUCAGAACUUGACUUCUUCCGGAGGUAUAUUCCAACUCGGCUUCUUCACUCCCAUCAGUGGCUCGGUACAGGGAUACAUAGCGAUAUGGUACAACAAUUCCUCUAUCACGGAACGCACAGUAGUAUGGAUUGCCAAUAGGAACCAGUCCGUCAACACCUCCACCGCGACACUCAACUUCACCUCCGAUGGCAAUCUAAUCCUUUUCGACAACGGAACUGAUGUUUCAUGGUCGACCGGGACAUCCACAGCUCAAAAUUCAGCACAAGUGCAGCUUUUGGACUCAGGCAAUCUCGUCCUGACCGUUGCCAGCGACGGCAACGGUGGCUCGAAGAAGACUCUGUGGCAGAGUUUCGACCAUCCGAGCGACACUUUCCUACCCGGCAUGAGGCUCGGAGUUGACUACCGAAACAACACCUCGUGGCAGCUCGUGUCGUGGAAGAGCGUCACCAACCCCUCUCCGGGCAACUACGCCUUCAAGAUGGAGACUCGAGGAGUUCCAGAGAUCUUCCUCUGGAAUGGCUCCUCUAAAAUCUACCGAACGGGUCCGUGGAACGAUAAGGGAUCAUUCAGCGGCAGCCCAAUUAUGAAGAACAGCAGCAUUUCGAGCCAAGUAGAGUUCAAUUUCGUGUCCAACAGUUCUAUGGUGUACUUCUCGACUUCAUACAAGGUCGGGUCGUCGGUGCUGACUCGGUCAGUGAUGAACGCCUCCGGCAAAUACGAGCGGUGGAACUGGACGAGAGGCGGGUGGUCGCUCUACUGGAACGUGCCCGUGGAUGACUGCGACGUGUACGCGCGCUGCGGGCGCAACAGCAUCUGCACCAGGGACUACAUCUCCUUCACCUGCGAUUGCUUGGAAGGCUUCGCGCCGAAGAACGGAAGCCUCGGAUGCAACAGAAAGAAGCCAUUGAGUUGCGCGUCGAACAGAGUCUUGAAGGUAGCCAACGCGAAGCUGCCCGACACAGAGAACGCCACGAUACGAGGCCAGAUGAGCCUGGGUGCGUGCAACGACGUGUGCACCAACGACUGCUCCUGCGUCGCGUACGCACUGGUUGGGGAAAACGGGUGCGUCACUUGGGAAGGCGAUUUACUGGAUCUCAGGAAUUUUUCCCAAGGAGGGGAUGAUUUAUAUAUCCGCCUUGAAGGGUCUUCGAAACGCAGUGAGCUUGUUUGGGCGAUUGCCGUUCCUGUGUUCCUGGCAUUUCUGCUGCUGUGUAGUCUGAGUAUGUUCAUGCGGAGGAGAAAGAGAGUAGGGAAACAAGACUGCCGUGAGACUGGCUCCGAAUCCUCCCCGGUCAAGGACGAUACCAGCCUCUCGACAGUGGCUUUUGAUGCAUCAGAACCGAGGUCGAGAUCGAGAUCGAGGUCGAGGUCGAGGUCGAGGUCGAGGUCGAUCAACUCUGAGACAUCUGGUCCGUGUAUUGAAGGAGCAGGUGCAGGUCGGCUCGACAUCUUGGGGGCACUGCCUUCCUAUGAUCUGUCUACAAUAAAGGCUGCAACAAAUGAUUUCUCUAUCAACAACAAACUUGGUGAAGGAGGAUUUGGUGUGGUUUACAUGGGCCAAUUGCAAGAUGGACAAAAAAUUGCUGUGAAGAAAUUAUCUAGACAUUCUUCGCAGGGCCCAAGCGAGUUCCAGAAUGAGCUCUCGCUAAUAUCCAAGUUACAACACAGAAAUCUUCUUCGUGUCCUCGGCUCCUGCAUUCAAGGAGAUGAGAGACUUAUCAUCUUAGAAUACAUGGAGAACAAGAGCUUAGAUGGUUUCAUUUACGAUAAAACGAAAGGCGCAUUGCUAAGUUGGCAAAAGCGCCUUGACAUUAUAAAUGGCAUUGCUCGGGGACUUCUAUACCUGCAUCAAGACUCUAUCUUGAGAAUCAUUCAUAGAGAUCUCAAGCCGAGCAAUAUUCUCCUAGACAAAAAUAUGACUCCAAAGAUUUCUGAUUUUGGUAUUUCAAGAAUAUUCGAAGGUGAUGGAGCUCCUAUGAAUGCAACCACAAGACCUGUUGGAACACUUGGAUAUAUGGCACCAGAGUACUUAGCAGAUGGACUUUUUUCAUUUAAAUCAGAUGUAUUCAGCUUUGGUGUCUUAGUAUUAGAAAUAUUAAGUGGCAGGAGGAACAAAGUGUUCAAUCAAACAGAUAUGAGCUCAAACCUUUUAGUACAAGCAUAUAGACUAUGGAAGGAUGGUAGAUCACUUGAGCUUCUUGAUGAUGCACUAGAUUGCUCGUAUCCUACCAUUGAAAUCCUACGUUGUAUUCGGAUGGCUCUUUUAUGUGUGCAAGAAAAUACUGAAGACCGGCCCACAAUGGCUGAAGUUGUAAUGAUGUUGGCAAGUGAGGACCAGCUUCUUACUCCACUUAAGCAGCCAUUAAUAAGAUCAAUCGCCUGUGAAAGAGGCUUCACAACUCAAGAAAUGAGUACUACAAUGACAGGUAGAUGAAAUGUGUUAAUCGCCUUUAAAAUAGUCAAUUGUUUAGACAUCUUUGAUGUGAUGCAGUUAUAAAUUAUCUGACCAUGAGUAAUACAUGGCUCUUAGAUGCAAUACAUUAGAAUUUAUAUUUUGUAUGUUUGUUGAUCAUCUUAUAAUAAGUGGGAAUUGAAUUAUCAA